AUGGCACUGGGUUUGGUUUUUUGGUUUUACUCUUAGUAAAAGGAACCUGCUGUCCAGCAGAUCAAGUUUUCUGGUGACUCCUGAAUGUACCAAGCUCAUUGCUAUUCUGUGCUUUUGCUCGUAAAACACUCUUGUGUGGGAUGCCAGUGUUCAUUCUUUCCACCUGAUCAUUGCUGGUGUAUAGAAAAGCAAUUGACUUUGGUGUAUUGACCUGAUGGUCAUAUUCUUACUCAUUGCCGCAAGUUCAUCUGAGGCCCACACCCUCUACUGAGCUGUCUGUAACUCAUUUAUUCCAUAGUGAUCUUUACUUGCUUUUAUUCUUAAAGCACUGAAUAAAGACAUUACUCAUCUUGGUCCUUAGCAGUAUAGUGCUUUGUUCAAUGUGCUAACUGUUUUGUGUGUGCGUUUUGCCUCUCCAACUAAUUAAUAAAUUCUUAGAGGGUAGGUGAUUUGUGCUUUCAUAUUUCAUCUGGCAUAUUAUGUUCAGUAUAAGUACUCAGUAAAGACUUGUAUGAAUGGCUGGCCAGGCUUUGAUUACAUUUUAGUUCUGUUUAAAUUAUUUAAGACCAAAAAGAUUUCUAGAAGCGGAUACCACCGUGCUUAAUCCCAUGUUAAAGUGAAGAAAGAUGGGCUUUCUGGAUGUCAGAGAAGCAAGAGGCCUUAGGUGAAAAACUCAAAGUAGAGUGACCUGGGAAAGGAAAAUCAGCCAGCAGUCUCUAAAAUGAAAUCUGUUUUAGCCUUUUUGUGAUAGAUCUGUGAAUUGUGGUGCUAUUACUGUCAUUAUGACAUGUAUAUUAUUUUGAACUGAUGAUAAUAGAAAUAAGUAAAUGUAAAAAUAAGUAGUUGACAUGUAUUUUAAAGUAUAUGAUUGCAGAAUGCUAACUGACCUGGUUUCCUUCUUUUCAAACAACCAGAUACGUCUUGUCACUGCAUGAAUGGACAUUUGAACGUGCACUUGUCAAAUGCUUGCAAGCAUGGAGACCUCAUCAAUGCUUUCUUCAUUGAAUGAUGAGUGUAAAUCAGACAACUACAUUGAGCCUCACUACAAGGAAUGGUAUCGGGUAGCUGUUGAUACGCUGAUUGAACACGGGUUAGAAGCCUACCAAGAAUUUCUUGCCAAGGAACGAGUUUCAGAAUUUCUAGCUGAGGAAGAAAUUGAUUAUAUUCUAAAAAAUGUCCAGAAAGUUGCACAAAGUACAAUACAUGGUACUGAUAAUUCCUGUGAUGAUACCUCAUCUUCUGGGACAUACUGGCCCAUUGAGUCUGACGUUGAAGCGCCAAACCUCGACUUGGGCUGGCCAUAUGUGAUGCCUGGACUCUUAGGGGGCACCCAUAUAGAGCUCCUUUUUAAUCCACCAAGAGCACAACUACUUACAAUAAAGGAAACUGUUCGGAAGAUGAUAAAAGAAGCAAGAAAGGUCAUUGCUUUAGUAAUGGAUAUAUUUACAGAUGUGGACAUUUUCAAGGAAAUAGUUGAAGCAUCAACUCGAGGGAUAUCUGUAUACAUUUUGCUCGAUGAGUCAAAUUUUAAUCAUUUUCUAAAUAUGACUGAAAAACAGUGUUGUCAAGUUCAACGUCUCAGGAAUAUUCGAGUACGGACAGUAAAAGGCCAAGAUUAUCUUUCAAAAACGGGAGCAAAAUUCCAUGGAAAAUUGCAGCAGAAAUUUUUGUUAGUUGACUGCCAGAAAGUUAUGUAUGGUUCUUACAGCUACAUGUGGUCAUUUGAAAAAGCUCACCUCAGCAUGGUUCAGAUUAUCACAGGACAACUCGUUGAAUCCUUUGAUGAAGAAUUUAGAACCCUCUAUGCCAGAUCCUGUGUGCCCAGUUCAUUUGCUCAGGAAGAAUCUGCAAGGGUGAAACAUGGCAAAGCCCUCUGGGAGAAUGGCAUUUACCAGCAUGCAGUGUCUUCACUAGCUUCCGUUUCCAGCCAAAGAAAUCUUUUUGGUAGACAAGACAAUAUUCACAAACUAGAUUCCAGUUACUUCAAAAACAGAGGGAUAUAUACUCUAAAUGACCAUGACAAGUAUAACAUAAGGAAUCUUAGAUACAAACCUCAUUUUGUUCCAAAUUUUAACGGUCCAAAUACAAUGCGUCAGCAUCAACCCAGUCAGUUAAAUGAAAACUGGAAAAGACAUAGUUAUGCUGGGGAACAACCAGAAACAGUGCCGUACCUGUUGCUUAACAGGGCUCUGAAUCGAACCAAUAAUCCACCCAGUAAUUGGAAAAGGCCUUCAGAUAGUCUCAGUGUGGCAUCAUCAUCACGGGGAGGCUACACAAGCCACCGUAACACACCUGCCCAGAGUUUUGCUGAUCGGCUUGCCCAGAGAAAAACAACAAAUCUUGCAGAAAGAAAUUCCAAUGUGCGGAGGUCUUUUAAUGGAACAGAUAAUCAUGUUCGCUUUUUGCAACAACGAAUGCCAACCCUUGAACAUACCACAAAGUCAUUCCUGCGUAACUGGAGAAUUGAAUCCUACUUAAAUGAUCAUUCAGAGGCUGCACCUGAUUCAAAUGGGUCAGCUCUGGGUGACCAUUUUGAGGGCUAUGAUGGUUCUGAGAAUUUGAAAGCCAAUGCCCUUUAUACUCAUUCUCGGCUUCGUUCAUCAUUUGUGUUUAAACCAACUUUACCUGAGCAGCAAGAAGUUAACAGUUGUACAACUGAAUCCUCAAAUUCAACAAUCAUUGGUUCUCAGGGAAGUAAUGCAUCUAACGAGGUCCCAGACACCCCCACAAUUGUAGAGCAUUUGGCAGACAAAGCCGUGUCAGACUCAGUCCCCAAGCUCCCUUUGCACUCAGAGGUACCAAAAAUGCACACCUUACAAGUUCCCGAAAACCACUCACCAGUCUUAAACCAUACUACAAAUGGUCAUUCAGAGUCCGACAACUAUAUAUAUACAACCUUGGGUGCAAAUAAGCAAACAGAAAAUCUGAAGAACCAACAAAAUGAGAAUCUGCUUAAAAGGCGAAGUUUCCCAUUCUUUGACCACACAAAAGGCAAUUUGGAUCAUGGAAAUAGUAAGCAGUAUGUAUAUAGUACACUUACAAGGAAUCAAGUUAGACAACCAGAAAAACCCGAGGAGGAUUUACUGAUAAGUUGUAAAAGCAUGCACAAUGUGACCCGUAACAUGGAGGAUGAUGAUGAAGUUGUCAAGAGAGACCCUCCGAGUAGCACUACUCCCAAGUUAGUUUCCGUUGCUGCUUUGCUUGAUGUGAAUAAAGAGGAGUCCAACAAAGAACUCACUUCAAAGAAGGAGGUUAAGGGUUCUCCAAAUUUUUUGAAAAAGGGAUCUCAGAAGUUAAGGUCAUUACUUAGCCUUACCCCAGAAAAGAAGGAAAAUCUAUCCAAAAAUAAAGCACCUGCCUUUUAUAGAAUGUGUAGUAGUUCUGAUACUUUAGUUUCUGAAGGUGAAGAGAAUCAAAAACCCAAAAAAUCAGAGACAAAAGUUGAUUCAUCUCCUAGAAGGAAACAUUCUUCCUCAUCAAACUCUCAAGGGAGCCUCAACAAGAGUAAGGAAGAUGUAACAAUUAGCUCAUCUCAGGGGAUAAAUUCUCCAUCAGAUGAAAGUAAUAAAAUAAUACAUUCUCCAGCUCCAGCUGAAAGCAAGUUCUUGGAAAGGGCAGGGGAUGCCUCUGCCCCAAGAUUUAACACUGAACAGAUCCAAUACCGAGACUCAAGGGAGAUUAACGCAGCUGCUGCUCCUGAAAGAUCAUCUUUCCCAAGGUCGAAUCCCAGUGAGCUUCUAAGAACUCAUUCAAUGGAUCGGCGAGUUUACAGUCGUUUUGAGCCUUUUUGUAAGAUUGAGAGCUCUAUUCAGCCAACACGCAACUUGUCAAAUACCAAUAUACACUGCCCAGAAAUAAAAUCCUCUACUAUGAGCAACAAUUAUGGCAGGUCCAGCCCAUUGCUUAAUUACAACAGUGGCGUUUAUCGCUCAUAUCAGCCAAAUGAAAACAAGUUUCGAGGAUUUAUGCAAAAGUUUGGAAACUUCAUACACAAAAAUAAAUGAAAAACCAUAAUUUUAAAUGAUUAUUAAAAUACAAAAUGAAUAUGUUGUAAAUAUUUAU